AUGUCAUCACCAUCUAUACUAUCCAAAAAUAUAGAAGACAAGUCCCCGACAACUGUAACAGCCUCACCACCACUUCCUACCUCCACAACAAGACGUUCAAAGACAUUUACUGGAUGUUUCACAUGUAGAUCACGAAAGAUAAAAUGUGAUUUAACUAAACCACAAUGUGAGAAAUGUACCCGAGCCGGUUUAAUAUGUGCUGGAUAUGAUAUUAAACUUCGAUGGUCCGACCCUAUUCAAUAUAUACCAACGAAAACUGGCAAUGUAAAAAGUCAACCAAUUAAGUUUCCCAAUAAAGAUGAUGAACAACUCGAUGAAAAUAGUAACAACAACAAUAAUAAUAAUAAUAGUUCUUCUGAAUUUUUUCAACGACGACAAGUUGGAUUUGUUAAAUGGGAUGAACCAUAUGAAACUUAUGAAGAUAUGGAUCUGGAUUUAUCAAUAUUACAUGGAUCAGGAGAAGAUCCUAUUGUUAAAUUACUGGGAGAAACUAAAUUAAAAGGUCCAUUUGGGGUAUUUAAAGGUGAACCUCCACUACGGCAUAAAGUUAUAUCACAAGAAUCACCAUUGAAAUUUAAAAAACGGAAAUUAAACAAUAGUCAUAACAAUUCCAAUUCCAAUUCUAAUUCUAAUUCCAAUGUCACUGUUGGUGAUGUCACUUCUAAUAGAUCAAACACAUAUAGUAAUGUUUCGAGUCCAUCGGUAAAUGGACAUAGUUUUGUAACUCCAGCAUCCAAUUUACAGCCUCAUGCAUAUAAUUUAGAAUCAGGUAUGACCCAUUCUGAUCAACCACAAGAUUCACAAUGGAUUUCUAAUGAAUUGAAAGAUGCUGCUCUUGUGACAGCAGCAGCUUUAGAUACACAAUUUUUAGAUUUAAUGUUCAAUUUUAAUAAUAAUGUUCCAACAGAAGAUACAGGAAAUACAGGGAAUAUUAAUACUGCCACCACAAGUACACACACAGACACUCAUAACAAUAGCAACAACAACAACAAUAACAAUAACAAUAACACUCAUGGUACCACACUUGUUGAUGAAUUUAAUAAUCCGGAUUUUUUGAAUUUAUUAUUUCAUAAAAACCUGCAACUUGUUAUAACUACACCACAACCACAAGUAGAUACAACACCACAAUUAUCUCAUUCAAAUAGUAAUAUAUCAUUAGCCAAUAUUUUAAAUCAAGGGUCAAACACAAAUAAUAAUGACUCGAUCAUGAAUCCUACAUAUUAUUCCAAUUUUUCCAAUUUUUUCUAUAAUAAUCCUUAUCAAUCAAAUGAGAAUUUAGAAAUUGAUUUACAUGCCAAAUCUACUGAUCAUGAUGAUGAUGAAGAAGAAGAAGAACAUGAUGUUGAUGAUCAUUCUAAUGAUUCUAAAUUAUUACAAUUCAUUAUGAAAAUUGUUAAAAAUCCAACAAAUUUACCAUUUGAUUUAUCAUUACCAUCAAAUCACCAACAACAUCAAAUAAGUAUCCCCAUAAAUGCACUUCAAGUUCAACCAUUAACACGAUAUUUAUUAAAUUAUUAUGUUACUAAUGUAGCUGAUUUAAUGACAGUUAUCCCUUUAACUGAAAGUCCUUGGAAAACUAUUUAUUUCCCUAGAGCAUUAAUGGCAUUAGGUGAAUUACUGGCUUUAGGGAAAACUUCAACGGCAAAAAAUGCUUUAUUAAAUGCAUUAUUGGCAGUACUGGCAUUUAAUUUACAAAGUAAAUUUCCUAAAAAUUCUGAACCAAUGAGAUUUUAUUUAAAUUUAGGUAUUGCCUUAAGAAAUCAAGCUAGUUUAUUUAUUAAACAAUUAUUACAUAACAAUAGAAAUGGUCAUAAUCAUCAUAGAAAUAAUGGUAUUGAAUAUUGUAUUAAUCAUGAAAAAUAUAAAGAUGUUUUAUGUGCUGUAUUAAGUAUGAUUAGUGUUGAUUUAGUUUGGGGGACAAUGCAAGAUACUAGAAUUUAUAUAACUUGGUGUGGUAAAGUAAUUAUAGCAAAAAUGCAAAAUAAAAAAAAGUUAUCAACUAAAGCAAGUAUAUUACAUCGAAUUUUCCUGAAUUUAAAAUUAAUUCAAGAUUCUACUUGUUUAGAUAUUGAUAGUAUUAAUGAAGAUUUUGAAACUAAUUAUGGAAUUGGUAUUGGUUAUGAUGUUAGUGGUGAUAAAUAUGUAAGUCAUCAGAAGAAUGACAACAAUCAGGAUGAUAACCAUGGUGAUGAUAACCAUGAUGAUGAUGAUGAUGAUGAUGAUGAUGAUAUGGUUGUUGAUCAUAAUAAAGUAAGGAAAACAAGAAUUGAUUUUAUUGUUAAUAAUACAUUCACCAAUAAGAAACAGACCUCCUCCUUUUCCUCUUCCUCCUCCUCAACUACUACUACUACUACUACUUCAUCUUCUUCUUUGUCCACAAGUAAACUGAAAAGUUCAAAUACUACAUCACCUUCAUUUGUUAAUAAAAAAUUGAUUAAUACUAUGAAAAAUGAUGAAAGUUUUGCCACUGAUGCAUUAUAUGGAUUACCUUAUUCAUUGAUUGUAUUAUUUAGUGAAACAGUGGAAUUAUUACGAACAAAAAUUUAUUAUCGUGAUAAUCCCAAGGCAGCAGCAAAAAUAGCAACAAAGUUAACCCAUCAAGAAGAUUUUAAUAAUCGAAUUGAAGAUUUAAAUAAAAAAUUAAAGAACUGGACAUUAGAUUGGCAAUUAUAUGAACAUCAGAAUAAAAAGACUCCUACCAAUAAUAAUGAUAAUGAUAAUGAUAAUAAUAAUGAUAAUAGUUCUGAACCUCAGCAUGAAUUUUCUUCCGAAAAUGGGCAAAUUAUUGAUAAUGACAAACAUGAAUUUGAUCAUAAAUUCUAUUCACCAAUGCAUAAAGCCACUUAUCAUCAUAUUAUGUCAUUUUAUCAUGGGUUAGUAAUAUAUUUCAAUCGAUUAAUUAAACAAAUUUCCGCAAUUAAUUUACAAAAUCAUGUUCGAAAAACUUUACAACAUUUAAAUGCUAUACAAAAAUUGAUUGAUGAUAAAGAAGCUAAUAUUAUUCCAUUAUUUUGGCAAGGUUUUAUAGCUGGAUGUGAAGCAAUUUCAUUAGAUUUACAAUUAGCUUUUAAACAAUGGGGAGCUGAUAUAGCUAAAUAUUUAGGAAGUUAUUGGGGGGCUAGACAAAUCAUGAUGGAAGUAUGGAGAAGGAAAAGAGCUAAUGAAGUGAGAGAUGAUUGGAUUAGUGUUAUUCAUGAUUGGGAAAUGAAUUUAAUGUUAGCAUAG